GCUCUGAAAUGUUCAUUUGAUGGAAUGAGGUGAAUUUUGCAUUUGAAAUGUUCAUUUGAUGGAAUGAGGUGAAUUAUUCAUUCAUUGGUGCUCAUUAUUCGUUCUAUAUAUGUGAUAUUGUGUUAUGGUGUGAAAUCGUAUCGAGUUUCGAUUUGUUAUGGUUGGUUGUGGGUAUUGGUAGAUUAGAUUAGAUUGAGUAUUGUGUAAUGUAAUUAACACACUGUAUUUGAUGUAUUUGACAGGAUUACGAAAAUGUCAGCGGGGAAUGGUAAGCGUAAACGUACAUUGGUGAGGGUUUUUGGUUUUUUUUUAGAUAUAUUCUUUAGAUUUUUUAGAUACAAUGGUGAGGCUGGGAUGUGAUUUUGUUUUGAAUUAUGGUUUUAUGUUUUGGUAACGAAGGCUGAAGAUGAUGAAGAGGGGUAUGGGCGCAGUAAAAAGAGUAAGGUAUGUGGGCAGAAGACCAUGCAUUUGUAUCCGGAAUUGUUUAAGGAUGACGGAUUAAGUUAUGGAGGGGCUGUCAAAGGUAGAGCGGAGGUGAUGGCUGAACAUUCAAAGGCCAGAAGCCGGCCUCCUAACAUGAGUUGCCGCAUUGAGUCAUUUGGGCGCAUAUGUCAGAAAUUUGAUGACAGGAGAAGACGUUGGGUUUGUGAGAUGGGAUUUGGUAGUCUUUUACAUCUUGCUUUAGAUAUGCAUUUACCAAGACAAUUGGCAUACUGGGUGAUGACACGGAUGGAUCCAAUCAGUAAAAUACUUAGAAGUACCAACGGUGUUGAGUUUAGGUUUUCAAAGAAUCAGGUUCGGUGGGUACUAGGGAUACCAAUGGGUCCUAGGUCUGUUCCUUGUACUAAAACCAUGACCGAACGUGAUCAUGAAAAGGUUCAGAGAAUUUUUUUGAAGUAUGGUAAAUCGUGGGAGUCCAAGAAGUCUGUUGGACAAUCUGGUCAGGUAUACACGUCUGUAGGCAUACCAUUAAGUUCAGAUAUGAUGAAUCGGUUGGAGGGGUACUUUGAUGCUGGAGAGGAAAAGGAAUUCAAGACGUUGUUCUUGAUAAUUGCUUUGGAGAUGGUGUUGUGUCCCACGCAGUCCCCCCGGCUUGCGUCUGACCUACUACCUGCAGUAAGUUAUGCUAUGGAGGCAACUGAGUAUGAUUGGUGUUCUUUAGUGUUGUCGAAGUUGCUGGAUAGCGUUCAAAAUUUUGCUCGACGUUUCUAUGCUAACGGGUUUGCCAGUGGAUGCGGCGGGUGUGCAAUAUUUGCCGUAGUAAGUGUUUCAGUUUAUUCUUGCUUGUUUUGUUUUUCCUUGUGCGUUUUGUUUUAGUAAUUGCUUCUUUUUCUUUUACAAUUUGGCAGAUAUUUUACUUGGAUUGGUUGGAUAGGGAUCCUAUUGAGUGGGAUGUUUUUCCAAGAAUUAAAGUGUGGACUAUGCAGAAGAUUGGGAAGGCAGCAAAAUCAGACAAAUUGCUGUCCGGCGACUACGGGAAACUAGGGGUAAGCACUUUUGUAUUUCUUUCAACUUUUGUAUUGUUUUUAUUAUAUUGCAUAGUAUGGUUUAGAGUAACCUUAUUCCAUUUGUAUUUGUUUCUGUGGUUGAAGCUAUUGGAUGUUGCUUACGGUGAACACCACCCAAGGGAUGCAAGGGAUAGUGUUGGACCCUUACAAGCUGGAGUGAAUAAUGUGAGGUUUGAUCUUAAAGUAGUUGUUUCACAUGUGUACUCUGAUCUUAAAGUAGUUGCUUACGGUGAACUUUAUUUCGAUGCAGUUGCAUGAUUUACCACCAGUGCCUGGGUUUAACUUCAAGGCUAGGCAAAGGAGGGGCCGAAUGCCUGAGCUAACAGAUGAAUGAUUUGGAUAUUCUUAUUUGUAUUUCUAUUUGUAUUUCAUUUCAUUGUAAUGAUUUGGAUAUUCUUAUUUUCAGU